AUGGAAAAUGAAUUUAAUUCUUAUAGUCCUCCUACCAAAAAAACUUGCUUAUAUAACCCAUUUAGUGAUUCCAAUCUCUUAAAUAUACCAUUUAAUAAUUAUGAUGUAUUUGAUACUGAUGAAGAUUACAGAAAUUCCUCAAAUUUUAGUAGCAUUGAUUCUGGAUGCCAGAGUAUUGUUUUAUAUAAGGGAAUAGACCUUCCAUCUUCAAACAGUAAGAUCUCAAUAGUAAAUAGAGAAACUGAGGUACCAUUUAUAAUGGAGUUACCGAAAAUUGAAGAAGUAGUUAAAAUAUUACCUAGUAUAAAUCCUAUUAUGCAUCUUGGGUACUCACAUAAGAAACGUAGACAAAGAUUUUGGAUAGUGAAUGAAGGUGACUACAAGCGAAUUAAUAAAUCUAUAAAUCAUAGAGAAGAUGAAAAAUAUGAGGAAGAUAAGGAAUAUUAUCAGUGUAAUCUUAAACAGAACAUUAAUCAUCCAGAAACUAGUUGCUUACAACAGGAUUCUAUAGACAAUAGUGCAAAUCAAGAUAUCUUUAAUUUGGUAUUUCAGCAACAAAUAGAUAAUUAUAAAGUCACAAACAAGAAUAUUAACAAAGAGAACUGUGAAAUUGACAUGUUUAGUCAACAGAUGAAUAUAGACUAA